UGGAAACGAGGCUGCCUCGCAGGCCGGGGUUGGGGGGAAGGAGGUUUCUCGAUUUACUUCCGCCGGAAAGGCUGCAGCCAAAAGGCCGGCGGCCCAAGCUUUUCCCUUUACGUGGCCGCGAGCUCCGUACAUUAAGGAAAGGCCUUGUGCAGUAUACCAUGGCUUUUGAACCCUUCCCUCGAAAGGACUGGUACAGUGUUCUGGGUGCGGAGCCAUCAGCAAGCAUGAAAGACCUGAAACAAAAAUACCAAAAGCUCAUUUUAAUGUAUCAUCCAGACAAACAGAGCACAGAUGUGCCAGCAGGAGCCGUGGAAGAGUGUGUGCAGAGGUUCAUCGAAAUUGAUCAGGCGUGGAAAAUUCUAGGGAAUGAAGAGACCAAAAAAGCGUAUGACCUGCAGCGGCGCGAAGAUGACCUAAGAACUGUGGGACCAGUAGAUGCCCAAAUAUAUCUUGAAGACAUGUUGUGGAAUAAAGAUGAUCAGUGUUUUACUCUCAGUUGCCGAUGUGGUGGAAAAUACUGUGUUUCCAAGGAUGAAGCUGAAGAAGUUAACCUGAUCUGUUGUGAUACAUGUUCACUAAUUAUAGAAAUUGUUCAGCACAGCUAAGAUUGUUCAGUACAUGGAACUGUAAAACUCUCAUGUUCAGUCACAUUGGGGAGGCAGAGGCUUUGUCCGUUGGAGAAAACAUCGAUUUCAAGUAGAGCUGAGAAAAGAAGUGGGAGUCCUUUUGUCCAUUGGAAAUGCUACUGAAAUGUCAACUCAAAUACUGUUUUCAGAGUUUGCCAAGAAAAUGUAAAAUUGGCAAGCGGAGCCCACCCCCUGUAUUAACAAAACACAAAUCUAGUUACUUGGUGAAUUCCCAUCGUUAGAAUUUGGGGGCCUUGUUUGUUCUCUCUUCCCCAUGGGUGGAAAAUGUUUUCUUCUAAGAGCACAGAAAGAAAGAAAGAAAUGGAAGCAGUGGGUAUCAGCGAGUCUCUUGUAGUUGGGGCUUUGCUCUGUGAAUCCAUCUGUACCACUGAUCUAGAACUUCCCUCUACUUAAGUCACAGGGCAAUUACAGGAAUUAAUGAAGUGGAACCAGACAUCCUACUAGGGGGAAGCUCUAUAUUCUUUGCAUAUAAACAUUUUGUAAAUACUACCUGACCCCAGUUCUCUCUGAUUUUGAAGAUCUGAUUAAUGAAGCAGCAUAGUGUGGUAAAAAGGACACCAGACUCAGGUCAUAAGAACUUAGGCCACUUUUACAAUAUCUGUGGCCACUUACUUAUUGUCCCUGGGCCUGUUUCUUUAUUUAAGUGCUUAACAUUCGUGUUGUGCUUCACUUGUAAUGAUCUUUCUGAUGUGGGUGCUUAUUCCCUUCCUUUCCUCAUAGGGGCUACAAUAGUGGUGGUUUUUU